ACCACAAGCGAACUAUUGGCUUCCAUUUCUCUUUUCCUCAGCCAAUUUUGAUUUCUGAGUUGUCUCCAAUAAUCAGCAUAGUUGUUCAUGCUUUAGGGGUUUCAGGAAAAUUCAAGGUAUGGCUAUGGUUUUUACGCAAACAUUACAAUUGCAAUCUCUGCGACCUCUCUGCUCCUCCUCUCCUAAACCUCCCAAAUACCCAUCCCAGUUCAUCCCUUCAAUCAAUUCUCCCAUUUCCUCUCCAAUUAAACCAACAAAGCUCAGCCAUAGUAACCAUGGCAUCACUCGCUGGUCUCCCCUGGUUGCCAGAGCUUCCGCCUCUGAUUCCACCGCAAACAUCGGCGAUAUCCUCGGUGAUGUUAGUAUUUUCAAGGCUGAUGGCCAACCCGUGUUCUUCAAAGAUCUCUGGGACCAAAAAGAGGGGAUGGCUGUUGUUGCACUUUUGAGACAUUUUGGAUGCCCUUGCUGUUGGGAACUUGCUGCAACAUUAAAGGAAUCAAAAGCAAAAUUUGACUCUGCUGGUGUCAAGCUAAUUGCGGUUGGUGUUGGUACUCCUAAUAAAGCUCGCAUCUUGGCUGACAGGUUACCAUUCCCAAUGGAAUGCCUGUAUGCUGAUCCUGAACGCAAGGCAUAUGAUGUUUUGGGGUUAUACUAUGGUAUUGGUCGUACAUUUUUCAAUCCAGCAAGUGCCAAGGUGUUUUCAAGGUUUGAAUCUCUACGAAAUGCUGUGAAGAACUAUACCAUUGAGGCCACCCCUGAUGAUAGAAGUAGUGUUCUUCAACAGGGUGGCAUGUUUGUGUUUAAAGGGAAACAGUUGUUAUACGCACGCAAAGAUGAAGGAACAGGUGAUCAUGCUCCUUUAGAUGAUAUUGUAGAUACCUGCUGCAGAACACCAGCCUCAACUGCAUAGUGUAGUUUUAAAUUGAUAUCCACACUUUCCUAUAAAAUGUAAGCACUUUUGAUUGUAAACUAGAAACAGAGGAGUAGCUUGUAUGCAUGUUUAUUGUGUAUACUCUUUUGCAAUAUUCUCCCAAUUCUUUCAAUAAAACUUCCACUCUCUU